AUUCAAUCAUAACAAACAGAAGCACAAAACUUUAAUACACGUCAAAGCAACAUACUCUGUACAAACCCUAGACUAUCAGAUAGCCAAACUUAAAAGUACUUGAAAAUUCUGUACAUAAAACACCUGUAUAAGCCAUGGAAAAUCUAGACUCCACGAUCGACAGUAUGGAAAACAGUCGGUUCGCCGCUCUCUAUAGCGGGUUGAUCAAGGAGAUAGCCGCAACUUCGAAAAUGUCUACAUUGGACAUCACUUGUUUGCUCUGUGUUUACUACAAGUUCGUUAAGUUCAACGGGCCUACAGCCAAGCAAAUGAGAAAGAGUCAGUUCUUCCAGAUCUACCUGGUGCUGUUCAAUGUGUCCAAUGUCCAGGUCAUCGAACGGACACUUCUGGCCAUCACGAAGGACACGCGGUUCGUGAGUCCACAUGCCUGGAUUGAGCUCUUCAGCCUCUACACAACCGAUGACCUUAAUGUUCGCAUGCGCUUCGCUUUCGACGUCUACGACACGAAAGGCACCGGAGUUAUCGAUCGCGAGCAGGUGGGCGUGGCUUGCGAGAGAUUUUUCAGUGAAGGCGAAGACGAGGAUGAACUUAUUGAACUCAGGCAGGACAUGACUGAGUUUAUAAUGAAGAAAUUUGAUGUGGACAAAGAUGGAGUAAUUUCUUUUGAAGACUACACUUCCGUUGUGUCUCAGCAGCCCAUUUUGGUUGAAUUCCUAGGCUGGCUAUUUCCGUCAAACGAGGAGAAGGAUUUAAUGGCCCAUGUCAUAAAUCUUGACUCGCUACUUAAUUAUUCCAGCCCGGAAAAAAAUAAACAUUUAUUACUUUAAUA